AUGUUUUUGGACGCUUUUAGGGAUAAUAUUCUUUCUAAUUCUGAAGGUGAACUUGUUGAAAUCAAUCAAAGAUGUUUAAUCGAUAAAAUUCUGGCUCGUUACUCUUCCGAAUUUGUUAUAUAUCGUGAAUUAAUGCAGAAUUCUGAUGAUGCGAAAUCAUCAAGUAUCCAAAUUAUAUUUGAAACCAAGAAUAAUGUAGUUACGCGAAUUUUGUUCAAAAACAAUGGAAUUUAUUUUAGACCUGAGGAUUGGAAUCGAUUAAAGAAAAUUGCUGAAGGAAAUCCGGAUGAGCAAAAAAUAGGAGCUUUUGGUGUAGGAUUUUAUUCAUUGUUUUCGGUCUGUGAUAAUCCAUUCGUCUUUUCUGGCGGUCAGGGAAUGGCUUUCUAUUGGCGUGGAAAUCAGUUAUUUACAAAGCAGGGUCAAAAUAAAUCAACUGACGAUUGGACAACAUUUUUGAUGGAUAUGAAAGAUCCUACAGAAAUUCCAAAUAUUGAAAAGUUCUCGCGGUUCUUGGCCAAUUCAUUAGGAUUUACGGAAAACCUUCAAAAUAUAUCUGUACUUUUUAAUGAUACGUUGGUAAUACGACUAUCAAAGAAAAUACAAAGACCGGAACCGUUAAGAAUCACAUCUGAGUUCAAUACGUAUUCUCCACAAAGGAUGUUUCAACUAACUUCAAUAAAUGUUGGACGCGUCCAGCUUGACGUUGAGAGAUUAAUUGUCCCAACAAAUUUUAAUGUAAGACAAUUGCAUUUGAUUAAUUAUCAAACGGAAAAGGCUUCCAUAUUCCUUAAAACUGCUAAUGGAGAUUUGGAUGUUAGAGUCAGCAACGAGUUCUCUUUAAAAAUGGAACAAAUUACUAAAAAGAAGCCACCAAGAAAAACAUCAAUUCAAAUGAUUUUUACUGGAUUCAAUGAACACAAUUUAUCCAGUGAUUCUGAUGAAAAUAUUUCACCGGUCUUUAAAGAUUUACUUCAAUAUCCGGAGCAAGGAAAAAUUUAUAUCGGUUUUUCAACUGAUCAAACUACUGGAUGUUGUUCUCACUUAGCAGCUCGUGUCAUUCCUACUAUGGAACGAGUAUCAAUCGAUAUGGCCAAUGAAACUUUGGCCAAAUACAACAGUGAGUUGCUAUAUUUAUCAGGAACAUUAUGUAGAAUUUUAUACGAAGAUGAAAUGGAUCAGAUAAAACGAUCAUAUAAUAGUGUUAAUGCUGUACAUGAUCGUGCAUUGUUGGAAAAACGAGCAGCACAUGCUUUAACGCACUUUACUUACCAUCCAAGCACACCAAAUACACAAAUUGGCAAAAUAUUAGAAUCUCAAUUUUUCGAUUGUACAAGAAAAAAUUUGUCAAUUUUAUCUACAAACGGCGUCCUUCCAAUAUCUGAUGUUCGCAUACCUGAUCCAAAAAUGAUGGGAUUUAUUAAAAAUGUUCCAGUUGUUCCAACGAAUAUAUUUGAGCGAUGCAAUAUAUUUUUCAUAAAAGCAAAAAAUACGUCAAGUGGAAAUAUUGUUAGUGCAUCAGAACUUGAUCAAUUCAUGGGACUUACACGUAUUGGCAAUAUCUUUCGAACUUUGAAAACAAUUCGUCAUUAUUUGAACCCAGGAAUAAUUCCGACAGAUAUGGAUGUUCCAAAUGAUGUAAUGCCAUAUACUAUUUCCAAAACUUUACCACCUCAGGAUCUUAAAAAAUGGUUUGGAUGGUCAGAAUUAACUUUGGUUAUUUGGGCAAAGUUUAUUGUUAACAAACCCAAUUUAGAAAAUGAUCUUACAUUUGCUCGGAAAGUUCUUCAAAUUUUGGCAAGAAAUUUAAAUAAUACUUCAAGAAAUAAUAAAGAAAUCAUUCGUCAGUUAUUUGUUCAAAAAAGAUGCAUUCCAACUAAAUUUGGAUUGAAACUUCCAAAUGAAGCUUAUUUUCAAAAUGUCACUAUAUUUCCUGAUUUACCUACGAUCGAAUUUCAAAAACCUUUGAGUGUUCAGAGUUUAAUGGAACUAUUGGGAGUACGAAAGGUUGUUGAAUUAAAACUCGUUUUUGAUCGCCUUGAUCGAGGAAAUUGGGAUCAUAUGCAACUUGUAAAAUAUUUAGCUUCAAUGUCAAGUGAUCUUAAAGCAGAUGAAAUAAGAAUAUUAAAGAGCAAACCUAUCUGGCCUAAGGAAAAUUCGGCAGGUUCCCAAUUGGUGCAAAUUCAACGGUUUGUUACCAGUAAUUUACAUGUACCUUCAUCAUUAAACCGUGAAUUUGGUUUACCUAUAAUUGAUUGGAAAGGAAGAUGGUCCUCUAGCACACAAGAAGGAACGUUUUUAAUAAUGUUGGGUUUGCGAGAAUAUCCUACACUUAAAACCAUUCUAGAACUAGCAGCACCUCCAACUGAUCCCAAAAUUCGUAGUAAAGCUUUCGAAUAUUUUAUUGAUAAUUUUGAUAAAAAUUAUCUUAAAGAAUAUAGCCCAGCUACAGUUAAUAAUGCAUUUUUGCCUUGUUCGGAUCAAAAUACUUAUGCAAAACCUUCAGAAUGCUUUAUUAAUCUUGAAUGUAAGAUAAUGAAAUUCAAAGUUAUUCGUCAAGAUUUACGUUAUCGAGUAGAAAAACUGGGUGUUCAUCAAGAUCCUAGCCGUGAAACAAUUAUUAAUGAGUUAAAGAAGCUCUCAAGAUAUGUGCAAUAUGGAGAUGAUGCAAAGAAAAUUUUUGAAUAUUUAGCAUCACGGAAGAAAGAUUUUAUUCGUUCUGAUUUUGAUCAGCUUGCCAAGUUUGAUUUCAUACCACUCCGGAAUAAAACAAAGACUAAUGAAAUUAUUCUUUUUAAUCCACGUAGUGUUUACUUUGAAGUUCAAGAAGGGUUAAGUGAAUUUUUUCCAUGCAUUGACUUUGGGGAAAGAGCCAAUUCAUUUUUGAGUGCAUGUGGCGUUAAAAAACGACCGUCUCCAGUAGAUUUGGCUAGAUUACUUGUGGAAUCAUCAACUAAACUUUGGGGAUUAAUUAAAGGCAACAUAGAAAUAUAUUUGAAUAUUUUAAGAAUUAUUGCUAUCGAUUUUAAAAGUUUUAGAAACAUAGCCGAUGAACCAAGUUUAAUAGCAAGAAUGAAGGGAGCAUGUAUCUUGGUAGCUAUAAAAAAAGAACGUCAAGAACGUCGCACAAAUUCAGGAGAUGGCAAUAAUGAUGGAAUUGAUUGUUAUUACUUAUCUUCGACGAAUAAAAUUUUUAUAAAUGAUAAUAAAAUAUAUCAGAGAGUUUUUAAUCCAUUAACAGCUCCUGAGGAAAAUUUGUUAGAAAGUUUAUACAAGGUAUGGUUAUUAUAAUCUAUAUCUAUAUAAUAUAAUAAAAAAAUUCAUGUCGAUCUUCUAACGUUUAGAUUAGCCUGUAUAAAUCAUCUUUGAAUUGUGUAAUGCAUGAUUCAUCUGCGCCUAACAGUACUACUAAUUAUAUACUAGCAGUUACCCGUUGCUUCGCACUGGGACUAAUGAGUUUGUUUAAAUAGGCCAAGAACAAUUUGGUAUUACAGUCAAACCUUUAUAUAAUGAUAUGUCGGGACA